UCAGAUUUGUUCGCUUACGAUCCAGCAAAAUAUUCUUUCUGCAGAGAAAAAAGUAUAGUCAAUAUUCUAAAAAUUGGAGAAUCCGGUGGCAUCCAAUUUCUUUCAGAAAUAAGGAAGGGCGUAUAUAGUAUUUCAAUAUGGCCUGAAUAUCUACGCUCUGAUUAUGAUAAUUUAUUGGAUCAAUUGGAGCUAGCAAUCCCAGAAACUUCACAAUGGAAAAAUCGUAGACCAAAUAUAGGAGAUUUUGUAUUUGGUCAAAGGGUGCAUGGACGUUGGCUUAGGGGAUAUGUUACAUGUGUCCUACCAACCUUAAAGAUAGCUAUGGUCGACGAAGCUGAAUUAGAGAGUGUUAAUAACCUUGCUACAUGUGAAAAACAUCUUGCAGAUAUGUAUGCAUAUAGUGCAAUAUGUGAAUUAACUGAUGCUACACAUGCAUUUGAAGUAGAUAGAGAGUUUAAAUUUAAAGUAACAGGCCGAACAGAUAAUGAGAAACCAGACGAAUUUGAAAUAUUAAUUCAUAGAGAAAAUUUACAGUUAAAAGCUACUGUAAAGCCUUGGAUUCCAAUGCCAGAACAAUUGGGAGUACCGUGUGGUGAUCUGAAUUAUGAAACUACAGUAUGCAUUACUGGUUAUCGAAAUCAUUUAUAUAUCUACGUUCGUCCCUUAGAUACUCUAGGUUUGGCACGAUAUAACUUUAUUAUGGAAACUGUUGCAAAAUGCGCUGAAACAUCUCCAUUUUUGAAAGCACUAUCCCUUGGGCAAUCAGUAUUAGCACUGUCUGCUGAUGGCAAUUAUUAUCGCGCAUAUGUUACUAAUCUAGAAGAAGAGAGAGCGCAUGUUAUGUACCAUGAUCUUGGUCGUGGAGAAUAUGUAGAUAGGAAGAAACUUAAGAUUUUUCCUGAAUUUUUGAAGAAGCUUGGAUAUUGUAUGUCAAAAAUCCGUCUACAUGGUAUUCCUAAAGAUAUCCCCCCGGUAAUGUCAAUAAUUGAAAUUCUGGACAACCUAGUGGAAAAUAAAGUUCCUCUGAUAUUAACAUAUGGUGGUGUACCUAGCACAGAAGGUGUAUAUCUAAAAUAUCCUGAUGGAGAAACCGUUAAUAACAUGAUAUGUAAAUGUCUCGAGCCGUAUCGUGUGUAAGCUUCUGAGUAAAUAGAAAAAUGAAUCUCAGAAUUACUUGCUCCCGAUAGCUGUAUUAAAACAAAAAUUAUUGAGCGUGAUCUUGUAUCUGUGUGUCGUAUAUAACGUGUAAGUACCAUUGAUUAAAGUCAAAAUAAUUGAUAAAUGUUUAAUAUCAGAUCGGAGGGAAAAAAAGAAACAAAAAAAAAA